AUAGUCAUUGACUCAUUGUUAACGUUUGGAUAAUUUUGCGAUUAUCGUGUUUAUUUAUCAAUAAAUCGUUUUAAAAUUGUGUAGAACAGUUCUGUACAAAAUGGGUGAACGUUACAACAUUCACAGUCAAUUGGAGCACUUACAAAGCAAAUACAUCGGAACCGGUCACGCCGACACAACAAAGUAUGAAUGGUUGACAAACCAACACAGAGACUCCUGUUGCAGCUACAUGGGACAUCCAGAUUUAUUGAGUUACUUUGCCAUAGUUGAAAAUGAAUCGAAAGCUAGAGUUAAAUUUAAUCUGAUGGAGAAGAUGCUACAACCAUGCGGACCGCCGCCUGAAAAGCCUGAAGAUUAAUCUAUAAUGCUUUUGUAAUUUAUGUAAGAAUUAAAUUCAUUCUAAA